AUGCCUCGUCCGGCAAUCAGAAGAAGGCAGGCUGUUGAAGCUGUACCUUCUGCCAACACUAUUACCAACUUUACACGCGUUGCCAAGACGCAAGCAUUCCCCGAUGCAGCUGCAAAAAAGGCUAUUGUCGUGGAGCUGCCUGCCCCCAGCACGUCUCGCAAGAGAAAAGCCAGCUCUAUCGAACAGGAUGCCGACAUACGAUUAACCCGACGCACCGUCUCCUUCCCACCCAGCAGUGACGACGAGGACGGUGAUGAACCUGCCACUUCGAAGAAGAAGCGGGCGAGGCGGACCGAGCCAUCACCCUCGGCGGACCCUAUUCGGGUUUCCACUCCAGUCAAGGGCAAGCGUGUAGCAAAGGCAUCGGCUUCAAGGUCAAAGACGGCUCACAGACCUAGCCAGUCAACCCUCAUCUCGAAAGCGAUACAGCAAGAAAAGAAGGUUCAAACCAAGAUUGAUGCGCUGUAUAAGAAGAAAAUCGACAGAGCCAAGGCCAGCGAAGAUGAUGAAUCAUUGCCACCACACCUUGCCGAUAUGGUUACUCUCAACAAGGCAUUCCUAAAAACCAUAAUGAUUCAGAUUGCCCAUAGCGGCAACACUGCUCCAAUUGAUAUCAGAGUUAUCUCGCCACACAUCUCAAGAUCAUGGGGCAAACGACAGGUCACGGUGGAAGACAUUCGACACUGCAUCGCAAUUCAAUCCCACGGCGAAAAGGACUCUGCAUCUCCAUUCGUGCUCUCUGACUACGGCCGAGGAAGAGUCUGCGUGGAACUGGCCGAUGGUGUCGAGGCAGUUUCCAUCAAGGAGGACCUUCUCUGCAAACAGUUCGAGAACAACAUUCAAGCUCUAUGCAUAAAAAAGGCAACGGAUGACAUGAUGGAUGUGGAUGUUCCUCUGCAAAGCCUGUCACUGUCUGAUCUCCCCAUGGCCGCCAUCACUGAGAUGGGCAACGGGCUCAAGACAAACCCUCUCAUGGCCAAGGGUCAGACACUGCUCUCUGAAUUGAAGAGCGGCAUUGCUGCCAAGCAGCAGGAAAAGCAACAACCUGUGGCGCAAAAAGCCACUAUACUUAAUCCUGACGGUACCAAGAUGAGUCUCUUGGAUCGUAUUCGACAUAAACAGCUCGCCAGGGCCAACGAACCUCUGCCGCCUUCUGGACCCGAGCUGCAACGACGAGCUGCCCUCAACCGCGUGGUCGAUGUCGCUGCCACCAUCUCAAUGCUCAGCUUGUCAAACCCACUCUCUCUCCCGCGACAGGCAUUCACCCUGCUAGCCAUAUCAGACAAACUCAAGGACUCACUUCGCGUCCCUGUCUCCAAGGAAGAGGGCAUGGCCUGUGUACGACUCAUUGCCACGGAAAUUGCGCCAGAGUGGUUGAGAAUCGUGGCAAUCGGUGGCAGAGAAAACGUGGUUAUUCAGCGACACAGCCAACCCAUUGAUAGAGUUAUCCACGAGCGAGUUCAAAAGCUACUCGCAGCAUGA